AUGAAUAUUAUCUAUCAUUCGACACAUAGCUCUCCAAUUAUUAAUUCUACGAUAUCCCCAAGUAAAAUAAAAACUAAAGAACUUCCCCCUCCAUAUCUCCGACCUACAUGGAUUGAUGUUGAUCUAGAUCUUGUUCGAAUCAAUGUUCUAAAUCUGAAGAAAUACAUCGGUGAUAAUGUUCAUCUGAUGGCUGUUGUCAAAGCCAAUGCGUAUGGGUACGGCAUCAUGGAAAUUGCUCGUACUUCUUUAUCUGCCGGUGCAACUUGGAUCGGCGUUGCGACAUUGGAUGAGGCACUUGUUCUACGACGUGAAAUCGCGAAACAUAUUCCAAUUCUUGUUCUCGGCUAUGUUCCCGUCGAACAUUUAUCACGAGCAAGUGAAGCAAAUGUGACGAUCACUGGUAUUUCGUUAGAAUGGUUACAAGAAGCUGAUCAAGCUAUUGAACAGCCGGUUGAUUUUCAUCUGAAAAUUGAUACAGGCAUGAACCGACUUGGUUGCAGAACUGAAGAUGAAGUGAAAAAGGUGAUAGAUAUUGUUUCUCGAAAUCCCAAGUUACGAUUCACCGGUGCUUUUACACAUUUCGCCACGUCAGAAGAUCUGACGAAUCGAACUUAUUUCUUACGACAAUUGAAUCGAUUCAAACAGUUUCUUGAAAUUAUUCCGAAUCGUUCGGAAAAACUCAUUCAUUGCUCGAAUUCCGGUGCAACGCUUUACCAUGAUGAGAAACCUUUCUAUAACAUGGUACGAUGUGGCAAAGCGUUAACAGGCCCACCCAAUGAACCUCUAAAAGCCUUCUUGCCAAUAAAACUUCAAUCAGUUAUUUCUCUUCAUUCUGUUCUCAGUCUUGUCAAAGAAGUCGAAGCCGGCGAAAAGAUUGGCUAUGCAGAUACGUAUACGACAACGAAGAAACAAUGGAUCGGUACUGUACCAAUAGGUUACGGUGACGGAUGGCAUCAAAAUCUCAAACCAACAGGUGUUCUUGUCGAAGGACAACGUAUGGAAAUCGUUGGACGAAUAUCGAUGGAUCAAUUGAUGGUCGCUCUUGACCAUGAAUAUCCUGUUGGAACUCGCGUUACUUUCAUUGGUCAACAAGGAAAUAUGACAAUUACCGGAGAUGAAGUUGCUAGCGCCGCGAAGAUUCCUCGAUCAGAAGUCUUUAGCGCAAUAUCAAGUCGUGUACCUCGUAUAUACAAAGACAACAACACAAUUAUCAUUCCCAAUUCUGCCCAUCGAAACGUUUUUCAGACGAUUUUAUAUGUUUUACCAAUGAUAACUAUUGCGUCAUCAGAUUCACGUGAUAGUUGUGCUAUCUGUCUGAGUGCUCUGGUGCCAGGACCACCCGUAUUAACACUGUCCUGCAAUCAUAAAUUUCAUUUACAAUGCUUAGCUGCAAGCAUUCAAGCACAAAACAAACAGUGUCCCUUAUGCCGAGUAGCUAUCGAUGCAACCGUUGUACAACUACUAAUCCGUAAACACCAGUCACAUGUACAACAACAACAAAUGACGCAUUUCAAUUUGUUUGGCUUCCCUACAAAUCCGUUACCACCGGUACAUGAAAUUCCUUCAGUAGAAGAUCCAGUUGAUGAGAAUGCUUUACGAACGCUUUCUGAUCAAAUUUCUUCUGCUCGACAGGCUGCUGCUGCUGCCAUGGCUCCAAUGGGCAACCGUCCAAUGAUUACGAUAACAACAGCACUUGAAUAUAGCACCAAAGCAUUUCGUCCAGAAUCAAAUAUCUACGGCAUGGUUACACUUCAAGCGCCACCAGGAGCCGUAGCGUCUGUCAAUGCAUCGCCCGUUGGAUCUCGUGUUCCUAUUGAUCUCAUUUGUGUUGUUGAUCAGAGCGAUUCUAUGGCUGGUGACAAAAUGCAACUGUUAAAACAAACUCUCAUUUAUAUAACUGAUCAAUUGAAUGAUCUUGAUCGCUUAGCACUUGUCUCGUUUGACACACGAGCUUUCGAUCGUUCACAUGGAUUGAAACGAAUGAAUCGACAGAAUCAACAAAUCCUAACGAGAGCAAUCAACAAUGAUUUGCAUAGCGCUGGUGGUACGUACAUCGGAAGUGGAUUACAGAUGGGUAUUAAUUUGCUAAAUACACGUCGAACGAAAAAUCCCAUCGCUGCCUUACUAUUACUCACCGAUGGACAAGAUAAUCAUUCGCAUUAUUACGGACAAUUACUAUCGACAUUACCCACAGACGUGCAAUGUCACACAUUUGGCUAUGGGCCUGAUCACCUGGCUGCUUUAUUGGUACAAAUAGCUGAAAAGGGCAAUAAUGGUAGCUUUACAUAUAUCGACCAACAAGAAGCGGUUGGUCGAGCUUUUGCUAUGACGUUGGGUGGCUUAUUCAGUUGCAUUGCAAAACAACUUCAGGUUGAGAUCAAAUUCAAUGAACCAUAUGCGAUCACUCAUGUUCAUUCAAUAUAUCCGCAUACGCCUGAAAAUUUACCAUGCAAACGAUUGGGAUUUAAAUUGAACGAUCUGAAUGCGGACGAAAAACGAAAUCUCAUUUUUCAACUACAUAUUCCGGAAAUUGUAGUCAAUGAAACUAUGUCAAUGGAUGAUGAGAAUGUCGAAAGACAAGAUGGACAAGCUGCUGAUAUACCUCAAAUUAUUGGUCAAGUGUCAGUUACUUAUGUAGAUACAAAUACGAACCAGACAUUAACCACUACACCUGUUCCGUUUCAAUUGAUGCGAACGUUGCAGUCAACUGCUGGUCAACUCCCAGUCAAUUACAAUCUCGAUCUGCAACGCAAUCGAGUUGAAACAGCUCGUGAAAUCAAACGAGCUAUGGAUGAAAGGGAUUAUCAACGAUCUCGAGAAAUCCUUCAAGCUCAAGUCAACAAGAUCAAAGCGAGUGUGUCCGGCAAAGAUCAAUUCUGUCAAUUAUUGAUUCGAGACCUUGAACAUCAUUAUCCAUCGGAGAAUGCCUAUCGUUCGUCUCAUUUUAAUACCUAUAUGCAACAUAGUACUGAACGAGGAACAUACGCACCCUUAACUACUUUCAGCUCGGCAGUCUAUCUCAGUGUACCACAAGAACAACAAGCAGCACAUUUUGGAAGUUAUCAGCAAAUCAAGCGACACUAA